AUUUUGAAUAGAAACGGCCGCUGCGGGAGAGACGGUAGAAGAAACUCGAGUCAGAGAAGGCGGUAAUAAAAUGGACUAUUAAGAAAAAAAAGUAUAAUACAGGUGUUGAGAAAAAAAAAAGACAUUAAUAAAGCCUGUGUACCGUGGCUUCGGAGAGAAAAACAAAAAAGGAAAUGGAGACAGCUGUGCUGCAGAUGCACAACCUCUUUGAUCAACUGCUGAGGCAGGUUGAGGUGCUCAACGAAGGCAUGGAACCCCAGUUCCUCCAGCUGGCUCGGGAUUUCGAGGAAUGCCGGCGACGGUGGCAGAAGACAGACGCGGAGCUGCUGCGCUGCAAGGAGAUCCUGUCUAAGGCAGAGACGGAGCGCAGCGCCCUGGACGUGAAGCUGAAGCACGCCCGCAACCAGGUGGACGUGGAGAUCAAGCGCAGGCAGCGAGCUGAGACCGACUACGAGAAACUGGAGCGUCAGAUACAGCUCAUCAGAGAGCUGCUGAUCGCUGAGGGCUCCACCAGUAUCCAGCUGAGUGACGAGCAGAGAUCCGCCCUGGCAUUCCUCAAUGCCAGGUCUCAGCCUACAGGACUCAAUGCCAGCAAACGGUUGUCCACGAUAGACGAAUCGGCGUCCAUGAUGUCGGACAUCAGCUACGAUAAGACGGACGACUCCUUGGACUGGGAUUCCUCCAUAGUGAAAACCGUGCGUCUAAAGAAAAGGGAAAAGAGGCGCUCCUCCCGACACCAUGCGGACGGCCCCCUUACAGCACCCAAGCGGUCACGCUCCACUGGAAGAACCUCCGACAAAGGGAAUGAGUCUAUUGUGACCAAGACUACCGUGACUGUUCCUAGCGAUGGAGGACCCAUAGAGGCCGUAUCCACUAUUGAAACAGUGCCCUACUGGACCCGCAGCCGCAGAAAGACAGCUAACCUGCAGGGGUGGGACAGUGACUCGAUCCUCUCUGAGAAUGUGGACGCUGAGAACGUCGGGCUACAGAAGAAGCCGGAGGUGGAACAUUACCAGGAGCCCAGCACCCCUCACAGCAACGGCUGCAUCAGGCUGCACGAGUUUGUGUCCAAAACGGUGAUCAAGCCCGAGUCCUGCGUGCCCUGUGGGAAGAGGAUCAAGUUUGGGAAGCUGGCACUCAAGUGUCGGGACUGCAGAGUGGUGGCUCACCCCGAGUGCCGAGACCGCUGCCCUCUGCCCUGCAUCCCAUCCCUGACUGGGACCCCUGUGAGGAAUGGAGAGGGAACCCUUGCUGACUACGUUCCUCCCACCUCUCCUAUGAUCCCAACGCUGGUUGUUCACUGUGUGAGCGAAAUCGAGCAGAGAGGCUUGAGAGAGACGGGUCUGUACCGCGUCUCUGGCUGCGACCGCACCGUGAAGGAGCUGAAGGAGAAGUUCUUGCGUGGGAAGACGGUGCCGCUGCUCAGCAAGGUGGAUGACGUGCAUGCCAUCUGCAGCCUCCUCAAGGACUUCCUGAGGAACCUCAAGGAGCCUCUGCUCACCAGCCGCCUAAACCGGCCCUUCAUGGACGCUGCAGAAAUCUCCGAUGACGAUAACAGCAUUGCUGCCAUCUACCAGACGAUCAGCGAGCUGCCUCAGCCCAACAGGGACACGCUGGCUUUCCUUGUGAUACAUCUGCAACGAGUGGCUCAGAGCCCUGACACGAAGAUGGACAUCUCCAAUCUCUCCAAGGUCUUUGGACCCACAAUAGUUGGCCACGCGGUGCCUGAUCCAGACCCGAUGACGAUACUGAACGAUACCAAACGUCAGCCAAAGGUGAUGGUGCGCUUGCUGUGCCUGCCCGUGGAGUACUGGAGCCAGUUCCUGAUGGUGGAGCAGGAGAACCUGCACCCAGCACACAUCAUCCAGAACAACAACGCCUUCUCCACCCCUGACGGCAAAAUUAGUAUUCUGGGACCCCUAACCACUCCAGAGCACCAGAUGUCUAAAACACCUUCCUCCAGCUCUCUGUCUCAGCGAAUGAAGACCACACUAAGCAGGACAACUCCCAAGUUUGGAAGCAAGAGCAAAUCCACCACUAACUUCGGUCGCUCGGGCAAUUUCUUUGCUUCUCCACUCCUGAAAUAAGAAUUUACUGGAUUCUAAUAUAUUCCCGUGGCUUAAAGGAAGUGUACUUUUUUUUUUUAUGUAACGCUCACAUUUUUACUGUGCUGUUUUUAAAUCGCUACCUUCCAGCUGGGAGAUGGUACAGUAAUGUUUUUAGAUCUACAUAUAUUUUAAUUGUAUUUAAUCGUAUGACUUUUUUAAAGUGAUUACAAGCCUUCCUUUUUGAAAAGUUAUAUUGGCAUUCUUUUUUUGCAAAAUUAUGACCAAAGGGAAAUAUUGGAGGAGUCAUCCUGCAAUGCAAGAAAUAUCUGUUUUGUAAAUAAGUGCCAUUUUUAUAAAUAUCUGCUCAACUAGAAAUGAACGCUAUACAGCUUCUGCAGUGGCACUGUGCUUAUGUUGUUCUGUGCCAGUGAGCUUUGAGAAAUGGUAAGUAUUCUAUUGGUGUCCUGGCUGGUAACUACAUAUAGCAGUAUUAAUCCUGUGCUGUGAUAGGAGUAAAAAAAAAAAAAAGUCACCCUUUUGUGAAACUGAGAGCAUACCCUUCAUCUCUCGUCUAAAACCUCUUUGGGGCCAGCGUGUACCAGAAACCGCGGAUAUGUUUUGCAUCCACCCCCAAAAGGAAUAUGCAUUUCUCUUUUGCCUCUAUUGUUUCAGUUACUAAAACUAUGUCUCUUCUGUUUUUGCAUUCAGUUUGUAUUUUAAACACUAAUUGUAUGUUAAUACGCUUUUGUAAAACCCUGGCCCAACUCCAGCAAUACCUCCAAACAAUGGUGUGGCAGUCGCCUCUUUACCUACCUGUUGGUUCUCAACGAACCCAUCUUUACAAAGGGACAAGCACAUGUUCGAUCCGCCAGUUAACAGGACAUUUAGUAAUUAUGUGUAUAUUGAAGAUGCAAACGGUGUAAGCACUUUAAUGAGACGAGCAUGAGCCCAAAGUAAAUGCAGAUUUAUUUAAGAACCAGUUAGCAACCAUGCCCAAGAUUAGCUGCCUUAUUCCCACUCUUAAUAACCUUGUAAAUAUCUGAAUCAUGCUGUACUGUGUUAUUUGCCUGGGAAAAUUGAAUUGAAACCACCAUAACUGCAUGUGCUUUGAGAGAAGAUUCAGUGUCUGCACACCCGAGUUAAAACACAAUUUGGAGUCGUCUUUUAUUAGAUUGUAAUGUUACUACUUGCUUUCGGUGUCCAGUUAUCUGGUUUGAGAUGCAGAAUUCAAAUCACAAUUAAAUUGAGACUCCCCUGGAGAAACAGAACAUGAGUGCAUUGAAUUUGUAGUACUCCAGGAACCAAAACGCCUUUUAAUAUGAAAUGGAGACAUGCUGAAGUGAAAACAAUAAAACAGACAGAUGGGGAGGGAAGGAUGCUUUUUGGACAUCGUGCAAUUCUGAAAAGCAAAUAGUGUUUUUCUUUUCUUCCGAUUAGUCUGCACCAUAGGGGCACAGACUGGGUAAAAAUGCAGUGGUGAUACUUUUGUGAAAAGGUGACAAUAAGGUUGAUAAAAUAUUAUACAAAGCUAACCUCUAUUGCUGUGUUAAACUGUAUAUGCAUGGUGUGUAUUUUAGAAUACCCUGUAAAUAGAACUCCCUAAAACAA